AAAAUAAAAUAAACAUUAAAAAAUGUUUUUAAAAAACAUUUCAGGCAGGAUGGUACUUUGUGGCUCCCUUGUGGUUGGGUGGGGCCAAGUAACUUGUUCUGAUCAAUGAGUUAUGAAUGGAGGGGACAUGCCACUUCUGAGCUGGAGCAUUGAAUUGCUGGUGUCAGACCCUUGGGGUUUCUCUUUCCCUCUGGAACGGUGACCAACAACAUUCAGGAUAGCGGCUGCUUCCGGAGGGACUGCAAUGAGCAGAGGCCCCUGCUGCUGCUGGACAGGUGGUAUGGUUAAGCCACUGAAAUGCAGGCGUUGUUCAUUACCACAGCAUAAUCUAGCCUAUUCUGACUGAUACAAUACGUAUAUAGUAAUUAGGAGUCUUGUAUUUGCAAAUGUAGAAACCCCACUCAAGUUCACUUAUGCAAAAAUAGAUAGAUAGAUAAAUGAAUGAACGAAUAAAUAAAUAAAUAAAUAAAUAAAUAAAUAAAUAAAUAAAUAAAGAGUGACAAUGGAGGCAUUAUUGGAAAAGGUACUGGGGAGGGCCUCAUAAAAUGCAAGGGUAGGUCUGCCACUGGGCUCAAGAACAGAACUGGAGCACGUAGCCCUUUAGGAGCCCAGACAGUCUUUUCUCUCCUAUUCCCUGCCAGGCUUUUUGGUGUCUGCUUCCUUCUAUCUGGCUUCAGUCCAGCUUUCUCUGUUUCCCAGGCUGCAUGGUGGAAGACGGCUGCUGCUGCUGCUGUCAUCCAUUAAUAUUGGAGUAGUCAAGGAAAACCCCCAGGUUUCUGGCUUGAGCAACAAGGUGGAUGCUAGAGCACUGGGCCUUUCCUUCUCAGCUCUCAGUGUCAACACUGGGACCCCAGAUGUGUCCAGAGACACCCUGAAGAAGCUGAGGGGCAGGGGAGCCUUAGGGCACCCACAGGGAGAUUUCUGAAGCUGAUUCAGAGCCAGAGAAUUUGCCUACUAUUUGAGCGUCCUCCAGUUCUUUGCCCACUGCAAUCCCUAUUGCUAUGGAGACCACCAAUGGGACUGAGACUUGGUACAAAAGCCUGCACGCUGUGCUGAAGGCUCUAAAUGCCACUAUUCACAGCAACCUGCUCUGCCGGCCAGGGCCAGACAACCUGACAGAGAAGCGGCAGGCCAGCCUACCUGGCCGUGAUGACAACUCCUACAUGUACAUUCUCUUUGUCAUGUUUCUAUUUGCUGUCACUGUGGGCAGCCUCAUCCUGGGAUAUACCCGCUCCCGCAAAGUGGACAAGCGCAGUGACCCUUAUCACGUGUACAUCAAGAACCGUGUGUCUAUGAUCUGAUGCUAGGGGGCCAGGAAUGGCAGAAUAUCAAGACACCAGAACUCAGUGCUGGACCACAUCAGGCCUCAGUGUCCCCAUCUAUAAGAUCAACAAGAGAAAGGGCUAGAAGAAGUCAUCAUUAGGGUGGGAGGAGAGGGGCUGGGAGACCUGGGCCUUGCGGAUAAAGAUUUUUUUUUUCCAGCAAAAGCAGACUUUUGGGAGCCCCAUGAACAAAUAUAUAGAAGUAGCAAAAGAUAGUAACCACUACUGGUCCAGUGGCUGGAGUACUGGGAGCUAGGAGCUGGAGGCUGGAGGAAGGAGAAAAGGAAGUUGUAGCAGAAGCAAAUGAAACGGGAGGAUGCACGGAGGACAUGUUUUUUGAUGCGCUAUCUUCAACGACCAUGAAAAGCAGCAGUGAUUACCAUAUCACAGAUAAGAAAUGAGUAACGUUACUUAUUUAUAUUUGUUCACAUUUUAUCUUUUUCCAGACAUUUAACAUUUGUGAGUUUACCCCCUGUGAAGGAAGCAAAUUAAGUACCAUUCUGCCCAUCUGGGCCAGAGUAGUGCCAUAGCUGGAACAUAGGAGCUCUGGUUUCCUUGCCUAGUGCUUUUUAAACACGGGACAGGAUCCAGGCCUGAAACUUACACAAUUCUGGGGGUCCCCUUAAGAAAAAGAAUUCAAAAUAAUUUUGCUUUUGCAAAUAUUACAAAAACGUAUUGCCAUGUCAAUACAUUACUAGGACCCCUCCCAAGACCCUAAGGAGCCAUGCAAGUGCAGGGCCCUGAAUGUUAAGGCUCUUUAGUUCCAUGAUUCGUGCACUUCUCCAGCCAGGUCACAGUGCCCUUCCGAGCCACAUCUCCAGUCACUACCUCUAACACAGCCUCUUCUGAUUUGAUUAAACUCUGGGAAGAAUUUUCUGACACCAAACUGAAAUCUGCUUCUAAAAGGUUAUUAUCACACCUAGAAGAUUACCAUAUUAAAAGAAGGAGAGCAUGCAAGGCAGGUACCUGGUUCAGUGGAAGGAUUCUGGUACAUGAACUGAGUGGUCAUGCCUUUCUCUGAUCCUUUUCCCACUUCCUCACAAUGAAACAGUUCAACUUGAAAGUCUCUAAGAGCUCUACUAGUUCUGACAUUCUGGUCUUCACAUACAUUAGAUUAAAACCAUAAAAUUGUGUUUGUAGGUCAAAAGCAGCUGAAUAUCAGUAGUUUUCAUAUGGUUCAGCCUAAUAUGUGCAAUGUGACGAGUGAAUACCUUACAAGCUACAAAUCCCCAGCUGGAACCUCGCACUGUUCUGUUUGAUUUCUGUUUAAGGGAUGUACAAAGGGUCUCCAGAAAGCCCUAUUGAAACAUACAUAUUUGUAUAUAGCAAAAACCCUGAAAGAAUAUUUUGAUAGUAAUUAUCUCUGAAAAAUAAGGAUUGUGAUUUUCCCUUUUUUACUUAAAAAAUUAUGUAAUAUUUGAUUUAUCUGACCAUAAGUAUGCUACUUGUAUAAUCGGGGGAGGGGGGGAGGGGGAAGCUACUUCCACCUUGAAAAAAUAAAAAUAAAUGCUUGUGUGUUUCUUGAAUGGAA